UUUCACUUUGACUUCGAGCUUCCAGUCGUUCGAGUGAAGGAUUGUUUUGAAUUCGUCCAUUGUAGCUUUCAGACAGUACGAGUAGAGUAGCUCCAAAAGGUCUUCCUAACGGGAGCGUGAAUAUAACAAGUUUCAGUGCUUGCUGGAUGUACACCGGGAACAGCCUGUUUGGUCUUGUUCAGCACUUCACUGACGAGGAACUACAGCUAGAACUGGCCUGAUUCGUGAGCACUACUACCUGCACUGCUUCAACAAAAAUGGUGCAAAUCGUCCUGCGAAUAGCGGAUGACCCUGUCGAAUGGGGCUUGGUGGAGCUGCAGGGCAAGCUGGAAACCAAGGAUGAAGACGAGUUUGAAGGAAUGAACAUUGGCGACCUGCACUUUGAUGAGCGGGGCACGCCAUUGCUCGUUAUCGGCCACCACCUGCUCUCUGGCAAGGUGGUCAAGCUGGAGAGACCCUACGCCAUCAUGGACAAGAUUGUGAAGAGAACAGGUGCCGACGGCGAGGAGGUGACAAUGGUCGAUGAGGACAGUCCAUCAGCAGCAGCGUCGACAUCGCUGACCGAAGGCGGUGCUGGUGAUCUGGAUGACCAGAGUAGCAGUACUGGUAGCUCGGCCCCAGCCACGUCCACCGAGUACGUGAUCAGCGCUGUCAUUCGCAAGAAGGUCAUCUUCAAGAUCCGGCCCAAGCCCAUCGUGCGCAAGAGGGUGAAGAAGUAGAAGUGUGAGUGCCAUCCGAAAUGCCACGCUGUACCGUCGUCGUCGCACCUAUGCACCCACACACAUACAGGCUACUGGACUUUUGUCACAGCCUUGCAGGACUUGAUGUCCAAGCAGUGUGUUGCUCAUGUGCUAACUGUGUGUGCACACCUCAUUGCGCUAUAGCCAAGUGCUCCGGUAUCUGCCUGACCUCGCCGUGUCGUCUGGCAUCAUUCCGGCCAUGCUGUGUCGGUUGUCACUUGUGUGUGCUCUGCAUUGCACUGUGUGUGUCCCGUGACACACGUGUGUGUGUGUGUGUGUGUGUGUGUCAUCCGCAAUAUCGCACUGUAUCGUCACCGUGCUCACACACAUACAGGUUACUCGACUUUUGCGACUGCCCUUCGAAAUUUGAAGUGCUAGCAGCCGCCAGCCUUGCAAGAUUUGCCGCGCUUGCAGCAUGUCGCUUACUUAGUUAUCGCGUUGUGUGUGUUUUGCAGUUGCACGUCACUCAAGCUUGACUUGCCGCUGUGUGCUAGCACCGUGUAUAGUUGCACAGCCUUGCUGGACAACUCCUGUCCGUCUUACUGUCAGAGUGCGGCUUCUCUGCGUGCGUGCUCUUCUUGAUCGUUGGCAGUUCGUGGCGUGUAGCACCCAUGUUCUAAUGCUCUGCUGCAUGCUCUCACAUCUGCCUGUGCUGACGGUGACGAACCAGCUAGUCUCAAUGCUGUUUAGCCAGUGUCGCUUUACCCUAGGAACGCUCUGGCCACAGCACCAGCCACUCACUUUAGUAAUCUCCGAUCUCGAUGCUAUCAGACUCGAUGGCUUGCUGGCUGGCCUGGCUGCGGUGAUUUCGAGUGUUUCUCCAGAGAACGCCGCUAUGAAGCGGUAUGCGUCCGCCUCCUCAAGAGUUUUUUCUGCUUUUUAUUUAUCCGAGACUUGAACCUUUUUUUUUUAGAAAUUUGGAAAGUAUGGUAUUGCGUGCUGCUCUCACCCUUGCCGCCUGAGCUUAGUGUUCACUCAUUCUAGGUUUGUGGCUUGUAAAUUUUGUUGUAACACUUUGCUACACUGCGACCCGUCAUGAUUGGCUGGCCAUUAGCAGUUACCUUGGCGACUAUCUGCACAUCAUGAUCGAUCGUCGCCAGGUACAUAUACUGAACUAUACUCUCAGAAAAAGUCAUAUUUGAACCCCCUAACUUUGGACAUUUUGAACCUACUCUAGGUUUUUAAAUUUGUUAUAGAGUGGAUUUGUAUGGGAGUCUCAUAAUAUCUUAUGUGUAUAAUGUGGUCCCUAUUUGGUACAGUUUCGUGUUCUAUCCUGUACAAAUGUCUUGCCUGUGGUUCGUGCC